UCGGCACCCAGUCUCUUUCCUUUCUUCCUUCUUGGCAUUAGGUUAAGAUUCUCCAGGGAGAAAGAGAAGAGAAAGAGAGAGAGAGAGAGAGAGAUGGCGGAUUGGGGUCCGGUGGUGAUAGCGACGGUGCUGUUCGUGCUGCUGUCGCCGGGGCUGCUGUUCCAGCUGCCGGGGAGAGGGAGGGUGGUGGAGUUCGGCAACUUCCAGACCAGCGGCAUCUCCAUCCUCAUCCACACCGUCAUCUACUUCGGCCUCAUCACCAUCUUCCUCAUCGCCAUCGGCGUCCACAUCUACACCGGCUAGAAAUGCAACAACAACAAUCACCACUUUCUCUAUAUUUUCCGUUCUUUUUUUUUGUUCUUGUUGUUGUGAUCUCAAAAGGAAAGUGGAUUUGGGGGAAAUAAUUACAAUCAAAAGUUCUGUUUUCUGGGCCAUGUUCAAAGUAUUCUUAUAUUGUAGAAGAAGUCGGUUAGAAACCCUUGAACGGUAGUCGGUGCUUUUUAAAUAUUAAUUUUUCUAUGUAUUUGAUUUAGAUUACAAUUCAUUUUUCUUAGCUGCA